GGAGAAUAAGCUCUUCUGUGAGAACAGUCCCUGACAGUUCAUCACUGUUGGUACAGGAUUGGUCACCAGCUUCAUGUGCAGCAUUAAUACAGGCCGCAGGGUCUGUUCAUCAGUCUGUGGUGGAUACUUGCUUGAGGGUGGUGGUGGUGCUCGGCAUUCUGUUUUAGGAGAUGGUCCAAAGCUGCUAACACACUACUAUGACGAUGCCAGGACCAUGUAUGAAGUGUUUCAGAGAGGGCUCCACAUAUCUGAAAAUGGUCCUUGCUUGGGAUCCAGGAAACCUAACCAGCCUUAUGACUGGCUUUCAUAUAAGGAGGUUUCAGACAGAGCAGAAUGUUUAGGGUCAGGAUUGCUAUACCAGGGAUGUAGGCCAUCGUCAGAUCAGUUCAUUGGAGUCUUUGCACAGAAUCGCCCAGAGUGGAUCAUCUCUGAGCUUGCUUGUUACACCUACUCUAUGGUGGUAAUCCCAUUGUAUGACACUCUUGGCCACGGAGCUAUCCGCUAUAUAAUAAACACAGCUGAUAUCUCAACAGUAAUAUGCGACAAACCAGAAAAAGCCAAAAUUCUCAUAGAGAAUGUUGAAAAAGGAGAGACCCCUGUUCUUAAGUCUGUUGUUCUCAUGGAGGCAGUGGACCAGCAACUGGUGGAAAGAGGAAAAAAUUGCUCUGUGAGCAUUCAGACUAUGCAAGAACUAGAGGAAUGUGGGAGAAAGAACAGAAGGUCACCAAUUCCACCUACACCCGAAGAUCUGUCUAUUGUGUGUUUCACCAGUGGUACAACAGGCAAUCCCAAAGGUGCCAUGCUGACCCACGGAAACGUUGUAGCCGACUUUUCUGGCUUUUUAAAAGUUACAGAGAAAGUGAUAUUUCCGAAACAGGACGAUGUGCUCAUCUCCUUCUUGCCUCUGGCUCACAUGUUUGAGAGAGUAAUACAGUCGGUAGUAUAUUGCCAUGGUGGACGCAUUGGAUUCUUCCAAGGUGACAUUCGUCUGCUGUCUGAUGACAUGAAGACUUUACGACCCACUAUUUUCCCGGUUGUUCCAAGAUUACUAAACAGAAUGUAUGACAAGAUAUUCAGUCAAGCAGAUACACCAAUUAAGAGAUGGAUCCUUGAAUUUGCAUCUCGACGGAAAGAAGCUGAAGUCAGAAGAGGAGUCAUUCGGAACAAUAGUCUAUGGGACAAGCUGCUUUUUAAUAAAGUUCAGGCAAGUCUAGGAGGACACGUCAGAAUGAUUGUAACAGGAGCAGCACCUGCAUCUCCUACAGUUUUGGGAUUUUUACGGGCGGCCCUGGGCUGUCAGGUAUAUGAAGGCUAUGGGCAGACAGAAUGUACAGCUGGGUGCACAUUCACUACCCCAGGGGACUGGACCUCAGGACAUGUGGGCGCUCCACUACCAUGUAACUUUAUUAAACUAGUCGAUGUGGAGGAGAUGAAUUAUUUUGCUGCAAAAGGAGAAGGGGAGAUAUGUGUAAAAGGACCAAAUGUAUUUAAAGGCUACCUUAAAGAUAAAGACAAGACAGAAGAAGCUUUAGAUCAGGAUGGCUGGCUUUACACUGGAGACAUUGGAAAGUGGUUACCAAAUGGUACACUUAAGAUCAUUGACCGGAAAAAACAUAUCUUUAAACUCGCACAAGGAGAGUACAUUGCACCAGAGAAAAUUGAGAACAUAUAUAUACGCAGUGAACCCGUGUCACAAAUAUAUGUCCACGGUGAUAGUCUACAGGCUUUUUUAGUUGGCAUUGUUGUUCCUGAUGCAGAAGUGAUGCCAGGAUGGGCAAAGAAGAAAGGUUUUGAUGGAACAUUUGCAGAACUAUGCAACAAUUUGGAAGUUAAAAAAGGAAUAAUGGCUGAUAUGGUGAAACUUGGAAAAGAGAGUGGGCUUCAUUCCUUUGAGCAGGUCAAAGCAGUUCAUAUCCAUAAAGAGAUGUUCAGUGUACAAAACGGUUUGCUGACACCAACCCUCAAGGCAAGGAGACGUGAACUCAGAGACUUCUUCAAACAAGAGAUCGAGCAGCUUUAUGCUACUGUUUCUGUGUGACAAAUUGUGGAUGUCCAAGCUCUCACUAAAAUGUCCACUGUCAUGCAAAAGUCAUUCCAAUAUGUGUUUUUGUUUUCCUUUUCUUUUUUAUUUUAUUUUAUUUUUUAACCAAGUUAUCAUCAAAGUUCUUGGAAUGCAUAAUAGAAACACAAGAGAGGUUAAAUUAACCAGUUAUCAUUUUCUGUUAUGUUACUAGCAUGUACUGUACAGCAGCAGCAGACUGAAGGCUAAUACUGAUAGCCCAGUAUGUCAGCAUAGCUUCAGUAAGGACAUUUUGUUUUUGAGCACAGAAGAUAUCUUAGAAACUACUGUUUAAUGAGUGCACGAAAAACAUAAAAAAAACAAAAACAAACAAAAGACCUGUUUUCUGGAUUGCAAGGACAGCUGUGUCCUUUUUAUAUAGCUGUAAAGGAAUUAUAGCGGUACAUAUUGCGCAAGCUGUGUAAAAUGUUUAAAGUUUUCAAUAAAAUAACUAUAUGAUAUAAGUUACAGACUACUUGCUCUGCGUAGUGUAGGUGCUAGGCCUCAUGCACACGAACAUAUUUUCUUUCUGCUUCUGUUCCGUUUUUUCUGCGGACCGUAUGCGGAACCAUUCACUUCAAUGGGUC